CACGAAUCGUAAACCCUGUGAACGUCAUCAUCCUAUCAUCACCUACUAGUUUUAUAUAUAAUAUAUAACAAGUCAUUUCUAACUCCAAAUGAGAUACGGGACGAAAGGGAUAUAGUUUGUUUUAAUAUUAUCAAGUAAGAACCGCAAUAUUGUCAUAGAGACAGCACCAUAUCCACAGAGUAUUAUCAUAUGCCCACGCGUUUUUUGAGAGCGUGGCAGACUACUUUAUCGCAUUUAUCGCAUUGCUGCUCGUGACAAGUGUCAGCUCUAGCGGCGUGUUAAUCUCUAUUCUCCAUUGAAUAUAUCACACGUCACCUCAGUGCCAGUACCAACCAUGAUGCGGCUCCUCUAACCUACUAUAUUCGACACGCCGAUCAUUGAUAUUCCCACAUAGAGGUGCACCUCUUAGCAGAAGAACGGAGCCGCCGCGGUGAGCACACAAAAGCACAGAACCUCUUGAAAUGCCGGUGCGGGGAACCCCUAUCUACCUGAUAAAAUCAACCUAGGUAUCUUACGACUGCAGCCGGUACUAAAAAGCUUCGAAUAAUUAUAUUAUUACACACUAUUCUAAAAGCAAUUGCCCGUCGUAGGUAUCAUAUGUGAGUAAUGGCAGAUUCCAAAGUAGCUAUCAUAACUGGCGGUGCAUCAGGUUUAGGAUUGGCCAUUGCUAGAUCCUUAUCUCAAAAGGGUUGGCGAAUACACGCCUUCGACUUAAAUGUAAUUGGCGAAGAUGCCUUAGAGCUUGGUCUAAACAACUGCGCUUUCCACCAAGUUGACGUCGCCUCCUGGGAUUCGCUAUCAUCCGCGUUCCAUGCUGUUUUCAAGGCCGAAGGUCGACUCGAUUUUGUCUUCGCGAAUGCAGGUGUCAUGGAAAAGGGGAAGUUCUUCGAGAGGCACAACCCAUCUUCGCCGCCACCAGAACCAGAAGAACUAUCUAUCGAUGUCAAUCUAAAAGGAGUAACCAAGACAAGUUACCUUGCUCAACAUUACUUUAGGGCAAAUGUGAACAGCGACAAGGAUUGCGUUCUCAUUAUGACAUCUAGUGUUGCUGGCAUAUAUCCUCAAUCUAUCACCCCUCUCUACUCGGCCGCCAAAGCGGGCAUAAUAAAUUUUAUGCGCUCGGUCGCCCCUGUCUUCUAUGAAGAAGACGGUAUAAGAACCUACGCCAUCUGUCCGGGGUCGGUGCGAACAAAUCUACUACCUAAGGAGCUAUGGGAUGCGUAUCCGCAGGAAUACCUAACCCAGAUGCAAAAGGUGACCACUACCAUCGAAUCGCUUAUUCAAGGUACGAAAUUUGAGGAUUCUUGGGGGCAAAAGUUCGAAGAAUCGAGUGUUGGUCUCGUCGUUGAGAUUUUUGUCGAUGAUGUGUAUUUCAGGGGUCCGCCAAGUCCCUGUAACGAUGAUAUGAAAUCCAUAUUGGAACACAUGCGUCCUAGAAAGGAGGAAAAUACAGGCAAGAAAGGGGAUUAAGUUUAGUUUUACUUGGUUCUGUUCCUCGUUAUUUCCAUACGUCCAAAUAGUUUUUUUCAGUCCUUUUCCCCCUCCCAUCCACCCCUAUCAGACCACGAUGUUAAAGAGGUCAUACCAUAUACUUUUAGUUAGUCCUCAUCCAUGAGUAACAAGCAAGGAAUGCAUUAAUGGGCCAUCACUGCGCCUCAUUGGCAAGCCUUCCGCACCUUGGAUAUUUCGUUCACUCUUAACUGACAUCGUAAUAACAAUAUUCCGUAACUAUUCCACAGUCCCUAAGAAAUAUUA